UUAUGUUCACUUCCGGCAGUCGCUCGUUGGACUGAUUAGGUCCGCUUUGUCGGUGAUGCCUUAGUCUCUCCCGCCUUCCCCUUCAAGGCAGAGACGUUUCGAAGAGGCGAAAGUAAAAGGCUGGGCCUCUUCUUCUUCAGCUACGUCAUUUCUACUAGUUUGUGCGCGGACGGAUUUCUUAUUUCAUACGUAGUCCGCAUUCGGGGUCGUCAGAAGCCGCGGUGACAGUCCCUUCUCGAGUUUCCUUGCGACGGAAGUUUCAUGGCGCCUUAAAGGCGAACCUCUUGGAUUGUUUAGGAGACACGUUUUCGCCCUUAUCUUCCGUAGUGACUCAACAUUAAAAGGCUCGGUCACUUGACAACAUACAGAAUUCCCUAACCCCCCCCCCCCAUUAUCCUGGAAGUCUAACAGUAACUAGUAUGUAUAAUGUUAGUGUUUUUUAAAUAAUGCAUUUAUUACCUUUUCAAACUAUCCUUCCUAUGAACAUACAGAUUAUAUAUACGAUAUAUCAUCGCAACACAGACACACAGUUUGUGUUACUCCAAAAAUUAUUUUCCUUUUGAAGUGUUAUAAUUUUGUUUGCCAGAUAUUCAAGAAGAGUUGUUUUUUUCUGAUCCUUUAAAACGAGGUUUUUCUAUUGCCUACAGCAUUCGUAUAAUAUUUGGCAUUGUUAAAUUGAUAAUUCAGUUUAAUUCUUUUCAGAGGAUCCUCAGUCUUAUUAAACUUACUUAUUAGUUGUAUAUAUCACUAAUUUAAAAUUAUUUCAAACAGCAAAAAUAUAGUAGUGUAGUAUAAAACAUCUAUAAUGAUAUCAGCCAUCAUUCUUCCAAUCUUGAGCUGAUUGCUUGAUUUCUGAAUUAAGUCUGAAUUGUAUUUGUGUAUUUACCGUACAUCUGUAGUUUUAUAUAAGAUAAUUCACUAGUAUUUGAUACUAAUAGUCACAUGCAAUGCCUAUACAUAUCUAUUUAUAGUAGAUAUAUAUAUAUACUUUCUUGCAAAAAGUUUUAAAAUUAGAAUAAUUUGGCUAGAGAAGAGUUAAACUGAAAUGAUAGAACUUUAUAAAUCUUACUGAUUUUCUGUAGUAACCAUAUCAUUACUUUAUUUUUAACUACACAAUGGAACGUAGAUCUCUGGAUGAAAGUACUAUAUAAGUAAAUUAUAGCAUUCAUUAUAUGGCAGGCAGAAGAGCAUUCUAACAACCCGCAGAUGGAAUCGGAAGCUAAAGAAGGAGAUGAGGAGAGCCUGCAAACAGCUUUCAAAAAGUUGAGAGUGGAUCCAACUGGAUCUUCUGUUAGUGAAGGAACAGGAUUGCCAACUCCAGGCAGAGCAACUAUUGAUGGAGGCUGGCAUCAAAUUGUCUGUUCAAGAGAGAUUUGGCAUAGAAGUGCACGGAAAUCCUUGAAAGGAACAACAAGACCACAACGACGCAGGCGUUCCAAAUCUCCUGUUCUUCAUCCCCCAAAGUUUACAUACUGCAGCAUGAAAGCAUCUUCUGUAAAUAACCAACUGAAACACAAAAGUCAGAUUGAUGCUCCAAAGAAUAAAAUCGGUCCGGAUCCUAGAGUUUCAGAAGACCUGUACCUAAAUGGAAAGAGGUGCCCACUUGUAGACACCAGCAACUGCAGAAAAAGCAGAGCGGGAUAUCAGAAAACAUGUACUGGUGAGCAGCCUUCCAAGAAUUUAGGAAAGAAAUGCCAUACUUUUUCUUUGACCUUUGAAACCAGCCUGGAUCCUAGCCAGCCUUCAGAUUUCCAGUCUCUCUCCAAGAUGAGUUAUGAGAAGCAGUGCCCAUACAUGGACAAAGAGUGGCAAGCAAUAGAAACAUAUUCCUUUUCUGGUUUGCGGAGCGUCUUGUCAGAGUGUGAAAAGGCAGUCCUGGAAGUGCGUUCACAAUCCUUACCAAAUCGAUCACCUUCUAGCACAGGUUCGUCUGGCUCUGCCCGGUCUUGUUCGGAGCAAGCGCGAGUCUUUGUGGAUGAUGUGACUAUUGAAGAUCUUUCUGGGUAUAUGGAAUAUUACUUAUAUAUUCCCAAGAAAAUGUCUCACAUGGCGGAGAUGAUGUACACUUGAGCUAAGAAUCAUGGGUUUGAAAUUCAGUGGUGGUAGUGAAUAUUUCCUCAGUGCUGUAGAUGGAAAUGUGUCCAUUGUCAAUGCUGCGUGUUUGAUCAAAUGUUUAUUUGCACCAUAUAAUGUAGUUUUUUAAAUAAAGUUUUAAAAGGUGAUAUCAUAUGUUUAAAGGUGCGUUGCAUUAAAUCGGAUGAUUUAAGAAUG